AUGAGCUUUGAACAAUUAUCUAUAAAUAUUAACCCUGAUAAUAAUAAAGGGAACUUUAAAGCUGAUACUAGUCAUGAUGACAAUCCCUUUGAUAAUAAUGAUGAACUGAAUUUUAGCAUCAAUAUUGGUAUUAGUCAUGGUGGCAACUCAUUUAAUAAUGCUAAAAUGAAUUUUAGGAGUAACGAUCCUCACAAUAAUAAUAAACUGAACUUUAGCAUUGAUAUUAGUACUAGUUACAGUGGUGAUUCCUCUGAUAUUGAUAAUAACAUCGACAAUGAAUCCAGUGAAGGUCAUAAUAGUAUGAUAUCUAAAAAACAAGCAACUUCGAUUGAUAACAAUGCAACAAUAUUAGUCGGACAAACCUUUGUUGAUUGGUACAACCUCAAACAACAUAUUGAUUCCUAUGUGAUAAAACAAGGUUUUGCAACAAGACUUAGUCAUACAGAAAACACUUUGGGCUUUAUUACUAGAGCAAAGAUUGUAUGUCGCUGUGCUGGUGCUCCGAGUAAUAAAAGUACUGGGUUACAAAAGACGAAAAGCAUAGCUAUUGAAUGUCCAUGUAAAAUAGUAAUUUGCUGGUCAAAAAAUGCAUAUUACGUGAAAUCUGUCAACCUUCAACAUAUUCAUUAUUUGGAUACAGAUGCGAUUGUAUUUGAUCCUAGUCAUCGUAAGCUAAGCAAUAAUGAAAAUAUACAUGUGCAGAUGCUCUAUGACAGGAGUGUACCGGUGUCAGUGAUUGUUGAUAUGUUGACUGAACAAUAUGAUAGAUAUAUUCAUAAUAAAGAUGUAUAUAAUUCUUUAAAUAAUCGUUCUCGUGAUUAUGUAAAGGGAUUAUCACAAACAGCAGAAUUAUUAAAUACUUUGAACAAUAAUAAGAAAUAUCUAGUUACCUACUCAGUUAAUAAUAGCAAGCUCCAUUGUUUAUUUUUUGCUACCCGAUUUGCGCUUUCAACAUUUAAAAGAUAUUCAGAAAUUUUAUUAAUUGAUUCCACAUAUAAGACAAAUCGGGUUGGUAUGCCACUCCUACUUAUUAGCGGGAUUGAUGUAACGGGUUUGACAUUUCUUAUUGCAAGUGGGCUUCUUGCAAAUGAGACAGCACCAAGUUUCUGUUGGAUAUUACAUCAAUUAAAACAAGCAAUUGGAGACAUAACUGUUCAUAGUAUAAGAAUACUUGUAACUGACAGAGACCUUGCCCUUAUCUCUGCU